AUGCCUUAUAGCGGCUCGGGGACUGGACAUUCAUCUCCAAUUCAGCGUCGCGCUGACCUAGUUGGAGCUGUCGCUCGCUUUUCCCAACGCUCCUAUGCGGCCGACUAUAUCGCAUUGUGCUUUUUAGUACUGGGAUGGCUACUGAUUGAGCUCUUUCUCACUCCUUUUCACCGAAUGUUUUCACUCGACAACAAAUCGAUUCAGUAUCCAUAUGCUGUUCAUGAACGAGUCACUGUUUGGUGGUCUAUCAUCUACGCAGGCGUGAUACCCUUUCUCAUCAUCCUCGCUUGGUCCGCCAUGUUUCGCCCUGGUGGACAGAAGACCCAAGUCACGAUUUUAGGACUAUUGGUGGCUAUAAUGUUGACAACAGUUCUUACAGAUAUUGUUAAGAAUGCAGUGGGUAGACCCCGCCCCGAUAUGCUAUCUCGCUGCAAGCCCACUCGAGGCACGGCAGACAAUGUGCUAGUCGCAUGGACAGUAUGCACCCAGCCCAACGAGCAUAUUCUACAAGAAGGAUGGCGCAGCUUUCCAAGUGGACAUAGCAGUCUCUCCUUCAGUGGGCUUGGAUACCUCUCGCUUUUACCGACUGUUUGCGCCUACAGCUUCUUUUGUGGCCAGAUGCACGUUUUUCGCCCUCGGACUGACCUUGGACGAUGUCUUUUUGCAUUUUCCCCUCUUCUUUGCGCCAUGCUUGUUGCCAUCUCACGCGUGGACGAUUACCGACAUGAUGUAUGGGACGUAACGUGCGGUAGCAUUCUAGGAAUGCUGGUGGCUUGGUUUUCAUAUCGACGUUAUUACCCGCCACUGCGGUCGACUCAAUGUGAUGUGUCGUACGACAAGGCAGACUUUGCUAAUACGGAGGGAUUUGGGCGACUGGAGGAUGAAGAGCGGGCUCUAUCACCAGUAGUCAGUUCAUCCACUCGAGAGGGCACAUAUCAGUUAGCAGAUACCCAUUGA